AUGCCACUUUCUACGGUGCCUGCUUUGACGGUGCCGGAGAAGCGUAAGCGCAGCCGCAGCGCUUCCAGCAACGAGAGCACCGACGGCGAUCACGACGACGGCAGCCGCGAUGAGGCAGAGGAGGCGGUGCCCUUCUUGACGACGCUUUCCAUGAACCAAACGCACCUCUUUUACGGCCUUAAGAACGUCCAGAGCCGUGCUCCCGAUGCACCUGCUCAACAAAGUGCAGCGCUGUCCUCUCGUGCUAAUGACGAGAGCAACGUGGGGGCGCCCAGUUCACCAGGAGAGGAAGCUGCUGCAUCACCUGUCCAUGCAGCACGGAAACUCGUGCCGAACGCGGCGGACACAACGUACCUGCAUAGCAUGCUGCAAGAAAUCGUUGCUGCCGCGGCGCAGUUUUCGGCUGCAUCAACGUCUCCCGUUCCACAGACAGCUCACGACGACGACACACUGCCCGCGUGCGCCUACUUACUCCGUACGUACUUCCAUUUUGCCUCGGGAUCCUUCAAGCCGCGUCAGCAGGCGGUGUGCUUUUCGAUUUUGUCUGGGCUGAACACACUGGCGGUGUGCCCGACCGGAUGGGGGAAGUCGCUGUGCUACCAGUUUCCCAUGCUUGUCCACCGUCUGCUGUUUGAGUGUCGCUACGAGCAGUGGUGCCGUCAGGCAGGCGUCGUCUCCGUACUCACUCAAAGGGACUACUCCAACACAGGUGGUCUCGGUACAGACGACGCCGACGCUCUCCAUGCUCCGAGCUCAAACGCCGCAGACGUCGCGUUGCCGUCGACCCUGUGCAGCCGUUUCUGCGUCGUCGUGUCGCCUCUCCUUGCGUUAAUGGAGGAUCAGGCCGAAAGGAUCAACGGCGUCGCGCACCUCAGCGCCUUCGUCCUCUCCUCCAAAGUCGAUGCGGCUCGCGAGGCGCAGCUUUUCCGGGAGCUGGCGUCACCGUUGUGUCCGUUAGACAUCCUCUUUGUCUCGCCAGAGAAGCUCAUCAGCAAUGUGGGGUUGCGACUGCUGCUUCGGUCGCAGCGACAUCGCUUGGCGAUGCUGUGCGUGGACGAGGUACAUUGCGUGUCGGGCUGGGCCUACGACUUCCGGCCGACCUUCAUGUACAUCAGCCGUGUGCUAGACGAUCCAGUGUUGGACGACGCCGCCACCUUUUGUCCCUCCACGACGUUUGGAAAACCGCUCGCCGCACCACGAGGGCAGAUGCCGUGUUCUCCAGUGCCGCAGCUGUGCCUGACCGCCACCGCCACCUUCGCGGUGACCCGCGACGUUCAGCGGCGCUUCAGCAUUCAGCGCACCUUCCUGUGCGCCGAUCAGCGGCGCGCCAACUUGGAGCUGCAGUCAGUGGACCUCGUCGCACGGCACGUUGCGUUUCACAAUGUGCGGGCAACAAGGGACGAUGCUGGCCACAACGAGGUGCCGGAGCCGUCGUCGCGCGUGGUGCAGGACGCCCUGCUCGAGGCGGUGCGACAGCUGCCCAAACCGAUGCUGAUGUACGUGCAGAGCCGCGCAGAGGCGGACGAGCUUUCUGGGCUGCUUUCCGCAAAGCUCGCGCGUGAAAAACGGCAGUCGUCCCCACCUACAUCGCCGGUCAGCAGCGGAGAGGCGAGCAGCGCGUCAACGAGCGCAAGUUUCACUGAGUGUAAUGCGCAGAGGAACAGCAAGCAGGUUCGUAGUGACCUAUUUCAUGCCACGCACUACGCGAAAGCAGAGGAGGAGGUACACGACUCCUCCGAAACAGCCGAUGGCUCAACGCACGCCCGUUGCUCUUCGUCCACCGCAAGUCGAAUCGUCGUUCGGUGUUAUCACGCCGCCCUCACGCGCUCUGUUCGCACGGCGACGCAGCGGCAGUUUUUAGACGGCAAAAUAGAUGUCUUGGUCGCGACCGUUGCGUUUGGUAUGGGCAUCGACAAGGCGAACAUCCGCAGCGUCGUGCACGCCUCAGCGCCGAGCUCCCUUGAAGGUUACGUGCAGGAAAUUGGACGAGCGGGUCGGGAUGGAGAGCGCAGUGUGUGCCGCAUCUUAUACAACCCGUUCGACUUCUACUCGUUGCGCAGCCGGCUAUGGACGUCGCUGCUCUCGCCAGCGGAGAUGCGCUCCAUCGUCGCGGCGAUACUCAACUGCCCCACGACGCGUGUGGGCCAGCGGCUGAUGCUCGUGUCGACCGCUGCGCUGUCGUCAGAACUUGGGUUCAGCGAGGAGGCGGUGGAGACGGUUUUGUUCUUGUUGCUCACCGAGGUGGAGAGCCCAGGCAGGCCCCUUGUCACGGACGAGAACCCUCUACACCAUAAUGCGGAAGGGAGGAGCUCGACGGGGAGGCUGCACGCUCCGUUCCGCACGGUGCUUGGCUCGUACCCGCUCAAGUACAAGGUGGUUAGCGUGCAAGGCGAAGCAGAGCAGGAUGGUGCCCCUGCUGCGACGGUGGCGGCGGUAUCGACCUCGUCCUCAGCCUCCUCCGCGAUCGAUUCGCAAUCACGUUACGCGGCUACAAAGCGGCGUCGCACGCGCUGCAGCGCAUCGGCGGCUGCCUCGGCCGGCGUUGGUCUUCUUCUCCGGCAGCUGGGUGCAACCGACGCGGUGCUCGAGUUGUGCCGCGUGAUGCCGAGCACGUCGAAUCAAAUCGAGUUGGCCAACCGUCUUUCUAUGCCACUGGUGGAGUUCCGGCAGCGUAUGCAGGACCUUAUUCAGAGUGGUACGGUCAAAGUCGCCCGUUACGGCGUUCCCACGGCGUUGUUACUCGAGCUGGCAGACUCCUUUGCGGAUGCCGCGAGCCCAGCUGGGCAGGCCGCGCUGGCGGAGUAUUUGUGGUCGCUGCAUCGCGGUCGACUGGACGCGCAGGUGCGGCGGCUGCGAGAGAUGUUUCGUGUGCUGGCGCGUCCCACGCCUGAUGACGUCGCCAGCGUGUUCCGUGGAGAAUCCCUUGAUGGACCUUCCGUGAACGGUGUGCCAGAGGCACCGCGGUGGAGUCCGCCUGGUCGCGGCUGCGGAAAGAUGCGAGCGGUGUCGAUUGCAAACGCCUUUGUGGAGGAGAACCGCCUGCGUAUCCACUCCACCUACGAAGCCCUGCGAGCACUCAUGGGCGUCCGUCCGAAGAGUCUCAUUCAAUACGGCAAGUACGCCGGCCAGCUGCCGCUGGCGCAGAGUUGGUACGUGAGCUCGCCGUACUUUGGUGCCUUGCGCACCUUCGACUUGGCGUGGGUGCUGCAGAUCCUUGCGCCGCAUCGGUUAGAUUCCGCCGUUUCUGAAAAGUAA